GUAAACCUACACUUCUCCCCUUCCCCGUUUUGGCUUCUCAGAGAAAAAGGGUUUUCGUUUUCGCUCUCACUGUUGUUCUCUUCUCUUCUCUUCUCUGCACUCUUUCAUCAUCAUCCAUGGCUCAACGCGCCGCCGCUACCUCCGAUUCUCCCCUCCGUGUCGCCGCCGCACCUCCAUUGCAGAUCUCCAAAGAUGUCACAGGCUCUGACAAUCCUAUUCCACUUUCACCACAGUGGCUUCUGCCAAAGCCCGUGGAGAGUAAACCUGGAUCAGGAAAUGUGGGAAACAAUGUGAUCUCAAUUCCACCAUAUGGCACCCACUCAGAGACUGUUAAGACAUCUGGUAAUGGAGAGGAUGGGCAUGAUGUCCAAAAGAGAAAGGAUGUGUUUAGGCCAUCCAUGCUGGACUCAGAAAGUGGACGUCGUGAUCGUUGGCGUGAUGAGGAGAGAGAAACUAAGUCUGCCACACGUAAAGAUCGUUGGAGGGACGGGGACAAAGACCUAGGUGAUUCUCGGAAAGUGGAUCGAUGGGCAGAUAGUCUUCCUUCAAAGAACUUAGGAGAAGCACGUCGUGGUGCAUCUGAUAGUCAUAGACGGAAUGAUUCAGGAAACCGAGAAACUAACUUUGAUCAGCGACGUGAGAGUAAGUGGAACACACGUUGGGGUCCUGACAAUAAGGAGCCAGAAGGUCCUCGUGAAAAAUGGAGCGAUUCUGCAAAAGAUGGUGAUAUACAUCUGGACAAAGGCUUGUCUCACAUUUCCAAUCUUGGAAAGGAUGAGAAGGAGGGAGACCAUUAUCGACCUUGGAGACCUAAUUACUCACAAAGCCGUGGAAGGGUAGAGCCUCCCCAUUCCCAGAACACAACGCCUAACAAACAAGCCUCCACAUUUUCCUAUGGGCGUGGUCGUGGGGAGUAUACACCUCCAAUCUUAAGUCUUGGACAUGGGCGUUCCGGCUCUGGUGGUAACUCUCUAAAUAGCACAUAUGCUGGCGCUCCAUUGGAUAAAGUCGAAAGUGGACAUGACGAUCCUGGCCACUUCAGAUAUAAUAGGACUAAGUUGCUUGAUUUGUACAGAGUGACUGAUGUCGGUACAAAUAGAAAACAGGUUGAUGAAUUUGUGCAGGUACCUAAUCUCACACAGGAUGAACCUGUGGAGCCUCUAGCUCUUUUUGCACCAACAUCUGAGGAACUGACUGUCUUAAAUGGUAUUGACAAAGGGGAAAUAAUUAGUAGCAGUGCGCCUCAAGUUCCAAAGGAUGGAAGGGGAUCAACAGAUUUCACUCAUACUAGACGAAUGAAGCUUGGAAGUUCUCCUCUUCAAGAUAGAGUUGAAGGUGGAGGUUCUGACAGAGUAGCUGAUGAGUUGUCCAGUAAUAGAGAUUCAUCCUUUGAAGGAAAUAGUAAUGUUCAUUCUGGUGCUGGAUGGAGAGCCAUGCCAGGAGGUGAGCAGGCAACUGCUCUUCUGCAUGAUAGCAGAGAUGUAUCAAAUGAUGCUAGAAUCAGAAAAUCAGAUAUGAGCUCGCACCAGCCAAAAGAUCCUUUUAAUCAGCGGGGAAAUAAUUUGAGUUAUUUAUCUGACUCCAAAGACGUAGGUAAGUGGCAUGCUAGUGGAGAUCCCAAUGUUAAGAGGCAGCUAUCUGGCAUUUUUGACAGUGAACUUGAAUCCAGGAGAGUUCCUCCGACUGCUCCAGAGGAGUUAUCCCUUUUUUAUAAAGAUCCAAACGGUCAAAUCCAAGGUCCAUUUAAAGGGAUUGAUAUUAUUGGAUGGUUUGAGGCUGGAUAUUUUGGUAUUGACCUACCUGUUCGUCUGGAAAAUUCAGCUGCUGACUCACCAUGGUUGUCUCUUGGUGAUGCCAUGCCCCAUUUACGUGCUAAAGCUCGACCUCCACCAGGAUUUUCUGCACCGAAACCAAAUGAGUUUACAGAUAUAUCUGUCCGGCAAAAUUCUAGUACAUUUGGAAAUACUCUUACUGGAUUGAGUGAGAGUGAACUAUUGAAAAGUGAUUCAAGACAUAGGCAGGGUGCUGAUAGUGAAGCUGAAAAUAGGUUUAUGGAGCCAUUCAUGUCUGGUAGCAAAAGCAGUCCUGCACUUGACAGCCUGAAAUUAUCUGAAGGUUUUCAUGGGUUCGUUGGAAAUGAUUCUGGUAGUUUUGGCUCAUCAGGAGUAGAUAGUGGAAGCAACCUUUACUCAGUUGCCAAUAGGCUGGCACUUGAACGCCAGAUGUCCUUACCCAAACCUUACCCAUAUUGGCCUGGGCGGGAUGCACCUUCAGUCGCCCCAACAUCAAAUAUUGUCCCUGAUGCAUCACUGCAAUCAAAACUCUUGUCUUCAGUGAAUGAUAAUUCCCACCAACCUCAGUCCGUGAAUUCUGAGUUGAUGUCAAUCAUCCAGGGAUUAUCUGACAGGACAUCUGCAGGUGUAAAUAAUGGUGCUGCUGGUUUGCCAAAUUAUCCGUUACAGAAUAAUGUUGACUUACUUCUUAAUCAGAGUUUGCCUCAAAUGCCAUUUGGAAUUCAACAACAAAGGCUGCCCACACAAAACCAGUUGUCUAUGAGCAAUUUACUCGCUCAAGCUGCUGAUAACCCAUCUAGUGCUUUGACAGCAGAGAAGCUACUUUCUUCUGGUUUAUCACAAGAUCCUCAAAUAUUGAAUCUGUUGCAACAACAAUACUUGUUGCAGUUGCAUUCUCAUGCGGCUGCUCCAGCACAUCAGCUGCCCCUAUUAGAUAAACUCCUGUUGUUGAAGCAGCAACAGAAGCAGGAGGAGCAGCAGCUAUUAUUGCGGCAACAACAGCAACAACUACUAUCUCAAGUCCUUCAGGAGCAACAUUCUAGCCAGAUCUUUGGUAAUUCAUCUUAUGGACAAUUGCAAGGUGUCUCACCAAUGGGGAAGUUGCCUGUGGAUUCUUCUCAACUUCAUCUACCACAAGAGAUUUUUCCCAUCAGCUCUCAGACACCAAUUCCAAGUGUGCACAAUGAACCUAGUUCUGGUACUUCGAAUUUACCUCUAAAAGCAAGUCAAGACACAAGUUAUAAUCCCCAUAAUGAAGCUUCUUCCAUACGUCUGCCCCACGAAUUAUUUGGGGACAUUAGUCCUCAGAAAAGCUGGGGUCCUACUCUUCAUGAGCAAAAUAAUGAGAAGUAUCAGAAGGAGAUAUUACCUGCAUCUUCUAAGCCAUUUGAGAAACCUGAACAUCCACAGGGUGCUCAACCUGUAGUGGAAUCUUCAACCGGACCUCGUGGGAUUGUGUUACCACCAGCAAGUAAUAUUGGUUUGGAUGUGAAGAUCAAAUCAGAUAAUGUGCAAGAGCUGCAGUCGGGAAGAGAAAGCUCCAUCGCUGACACCUCUGUAGGAGUACGUGUUGAAGCACAGGAACCCAAGAAGGCUACUGAGAAGAAAUCUAAAAAGCAGAAAGCUACCAAAUCUCAAUCUUCUGAUCAAGCAAAGGGAUUGCUGAAAAAUGUGACCUCGGAGCUGUCUAAGCAAUCAGAAGCUAAGAUGCCAAAUUUUAAUGAGUUGGGGGAGGCCAACAAAGAUGAAUAUGUAACAUAUCUGCAACAAAUAAAGGGCAAGGAAAAUCAGAUUGGAAAUGCUGUCCCAGAGGCUGUCGAUCAUCAAGAAGUUAGUUGCCUGCCUGCUAGUGUUACGAAAAGCAUCACUGAAACAGUUCUUGUGGGCGAGUCCAACGCAGCAGCUGGUUCUGUUUCCUCACAAAAUACUGGUGUGCCUGCAGGAAGAGCUUGGAAACCCGCUCCAGGUAUCCGGGCAAAGUCUUUAUUAGAAAUUCAACAGGAAGAACAGAGAAAGGCCGAGGCAGAAAUGCUUGCAUCUAAAGUUGCUACUGCUGUCAAUUCCAUGAGUUUGGCAUCUCCAUGGGUUGGAGUUGGUGGAGGGGCCAAUUCUGACUCUGUAAAAGUAUCUGGUGAAAGUCACAGAGGAGGCAAUAUAGAAUAUCCUGUUCUAUCUGAAACUUCUCAAAAUAUUAAGAGCAAGAAAAGUCAGCUACAUGAUCUAUUAGCAGAAGAAGUUCUAAAGAAAUCUAAUGAAAAAGAUGCUGAGGUUCCAGAUAGUGCAUUGUCCUCCAAUAAUUUAACUGUUCAUUCAGAACCACUAGAUGAUAGCAGCUUUAUUGAGGCAAAAGAUUCUAAAAGAAACCGUAAAAAGUCUACAAAAUCCAAGGGUUCAGGAGCUAAAACUCUGGUUUCUGUUGCAUCUGCUGAAGCACCUAUGGCUUCAAGCCCCAUUGAAAAAAGUAAAAGUUUCCGCUCUGCGCAGCAGGAGAAAGAAGUAUUGCCACCAAUCCCUGCAGGACCCUCUUUGGGAGACUUUGUUCUUUGGAAAGGAGAACAAGAGCCGCCAAGCCCAUCUCCUUCUCCAGCAUGGUCUACUGAUUCUGGCAGGAUUCCCAAACCAACUUCACUAAGGGACAUUCUGAAGGAGCAGGAGAAAAAAACUUCUUCUGCUGUGCCUGCAAACCCUGUGCCUACCCCUCAGAAAUCACAGCCUACCCAGGCUACUUGGAAUAGUGCUUCUUCACAGUCAAUUUCAGCUUCCUCUCCUUCUAAAGCUGCCUCCCCAAUUCAAAUAAACUCCCAUGCUCCUUCCCAGUCAAAAUACAAAGGGGAUGAUGACUUAUUUUGGGGCCCAAUUGAGCAGCCUAAGCAAGAAACUAAGCAGUCAGAUUUCCCUCAGCUUGCAAGUCAGGGAAGCCGGGGUUCAAAAAAUAUACCCUUAAAAAAAGGCACUUCAACUGGAUUAUUAACCAGACAAAAAUCAGCGAGUGGUAAACCAACUGAACGGCCUCUAUCAUCAUCACCUGCCUCUUCCCAACCGGUGCUGAAAUUGAAAAAAGAUGCCAUGACUAAGCAUUCUGAGGCCAUAGGCUUCAGAGAUUGGUGUGAGAAUGAGUGUGUCAGGCUUAUUGGGACAAAAGAUACAAGUUUCCUUGAAUUUUGCUUGAAGCAAUCCAGAUCAGAAGCUGAGAUGUUUCUCAUAGAAAACCUUGGAUCAUUCGACCCUGACCAUAAAUUUAUUGAUAAAUUCCUCAAUUACAAGGAGCUGUUACCUUCAGAUGUUUUGGACAUUGCUUUUAAGAGCAGGAAUGAUAAGAAAGUCACUGGACUUGGUGCUGCAGGCAUGGUAUCAGCAAAUGCAGAUUUACAGGACGGGGACCACACUGAAGGAACCUCUAAAGGAAAGAAGAAGGGUAAAAAAGGAAAAAAGGUGAGUCCUGCAGUUUUGGGAUUCAAUGUUGUGAGUAACCGGAUCAUGAUGGGUGAGAUCCAAACCGUAGAAGAUUAAGAUUAUUGGAGGAGUUUGUUAUGGUAGAUGUAUAUACUUUUUGGUCGGACUUUGUAAAUCCUUAUUUCGUUUUAGGAUUUUUAUUUCCUUAUUUAUCUCAGACAGAAGCAGCGUUUAUCUGCUUAACAAAUUUUGUUAUCGUAUCGUAGUUUCGACAUUUGAUCAUGUUGAGAUUCUGUCAUUCUGUCAAACGUAUGAUCAUGCUGAGAGUCUGUCAGCUUUAUUGUUAUUCAAUUGAUUUUCUUAUUUAUUAA